GUGUGAAUAAGAUGGUUGCCGGUUCCCGAAGCCAGCAAGCUUCGCCGUGAGAUUUGCCGGUGCGGCUCAAAGGGAACCAUAAUUUCCCCGCAUGGAUGCGUGCAGCGAUGAGGGAUCUGGAUCCGGAUCGGAGUCGGGGUCUGGCCUGUCGAGCUUGGAGAACGGAUCGGGAUUCGACUUCACAGGCUUGCGGCAGCUGCAGGAGGUGGACGACACCAGCUUUGAGGAGGUGUCCUUCCCGAUGGCCACCUGCGUGGCGGUGCAACAGGCCUGGCCCCAGUGGCUCGCGGCCGCCGGCUCCUUGGAGGCAGCAGGAGAGGGGUUCUUCACCCAGCUCUUCGACUCUGCGCCCAGCCUGCAGAGCUCCUUCCGCAGCCCCAAGGCGAUCAUUUCUAUGCGCUUCAUGACAGCCUUGGGCCAAAUCGUGGCGCUUCUGGGCAAUGCUUCCGCGCUGAAGAAAGAGAUCGAGGCCCUGGCCUUCAAGCACCUGGAGAUCGAGGUGAGCAGCGUGAAGGUCGCCUUCUUCCGGGAAGCCAUGCUGGAGGUGCUGGACGACGCGCUGGAGGAGUUUUCGCCCGCGGCCCGGGUGGGGUUCCACGCCCUGGUGAACUACAUGGGCGGCGCCAUCAUGUUCAUCCGCCGGGAGUACGCCGGGCGCAUUCGGACCAUUCUCAGCAGCUGGGCCGCAGCGAAUUCCAAGGGCGAGAAGCUGGAGCUGGAGGCGGAGGCGGAGGCGGAGGCGGAGGCGGAGGCGCAAGAGGAGAAGGAGCAGACAGAGCCGAAGGAUGAGAUGGAUGAAAAGCUCGAGCCGGAGACAGACACGGCCAUGGCCGAGAAAGAUCUGCCCCCGAGUUCUCGCAAGCAGGAGCCGUCAGUAGAUGGCGACCGAAGGCAAAAAAUGAAGAUACCCACCAAUUUCAACGAGAUGCUGCUGUUCAAUGCGUCUGUGAUGGGCUUUGGCGAUAGCUUGUGGAUGAAGAUUGUGCUCACUAAGUUCGAUGACAUGGUGAAGAAUGUGGCGAACUUCUCCCGACUGCAGGAGGAGUGUGACGUCAUGUCCCUGCUGCUGGCCAAGUACCAGGGCCAGAUCCAACUCUCCGAGUUCAAGGCGGUGACCUUGGCGUCUCUGCGGUCCCUUCUCCCGCAGAGGUGGGACUCCGACCAUGAGCUGGCAUGGACUUGGCUUUGGGAGAACGUGGAGAACUUGCUGAGCGCCAUGCUGGGCAAGCCAGCGAUGCAGGAGGCGGCUCUGUGGAAGUUCUUCAGUCAGCUCUCUGCCGAAGAGGCAGAGCACCUCAGGAAGCAGCUCUUCCCCAGCUUCCUGGAGCUGGCGCCAGCUGGCCAGGAGUUCCUGAAGCAGUCCGCCACACGGAUCAACUUCAUCGCCGACAAGGUUGUGGCUCUUGUCAUGGAGCUGUACCGCUCUCCCAUGAAGAUUGUCGAGGAGGUCUCGGCGGCGGGCCUGCGCCAUGUGGGCUACGGCAUUCCCACGGAGAUGUUCCCGCCCUUCGUCUCGUCCUCGGUGGCCUUGGUGCAGUCCAUGUGCCAAAGCGAGCUCACGGUGGAGGCCUUCCGCUGGGCCUUGGCGCUGGCCGCUAAGAUUAUGGUGCGGACUAUCACGGAGGGAUCCACUCUGGUGAUGAAGGCCAUCAACGUCAACAACAGGACGCAGCUCAAGAAGGCCAUGGGCGUCGCCCCUCGGGGUCAGAGGGCGCGUGAGAUGCUGAAGAUCACCGCUGGGACCCAGUCCAUUUCUCCCUUCUACUGGGCCAUCGACAGCGGGGCCCUCGGUUGCGCCCACGCCAUUCUGGAGGACUUGCUGACCAUCCGCGCAGACCGGGAGGUCUACUACUACGGCUGUGAGAGCCUGUUCACCUACUACCCACAGCUUGUCCAGCGGUUGUGCGCCACAGCGCCCACGCUGCUGCCGGUGCUGAUGGAUGGCCUGGUCUGGCGCUCCCGGCAGAGCCGCGAGGGCCUCCGGCGCGCCAACUACUACGUAGAGCAUCUUCUUCAAGCAGACGGGGACGUGGCCAAAAACCUGGCUUGGCUGGUGCGGCAUGGUGACCCGGUCCUCAUCUGCCACAGCACCGUGGUGCUGUUUUCUGUGAGGUCCCUUGAAGCCUGCAGACCCCCUUCGAAGCUGGUGAUUGCCCGCGCCGACCUUUUGUGGAAUCGCCUCGCCAUCUAUCGCUUCGCGACAUCGAAACUUUACUUCCUGCUGACUUUGGCCGUGUUCAUCACGGGCCAGGCUGCGCUCUUCCGGCAUGCGGGAGCGCAGACGGAGGCCGAGAACCUCGUCAUGUUCACCUGCCGCUGCCUCAAUUACCUUGGCUGCAUGAGCCCGCUGGUGUACAGCCAAUGUCACAAGGCGUUCGUCGACAUCCGCAAAGGGGCGCUGAAAAGCCUCCCCUGCGGCCUGAUUGUGCCCAGAUACUUGCUGACCUUCCAAGAGGCCACGAGCUUCUGCCUCAUGUGGCUGCUGGCCAUCAUGCUCACCCAGGAGCCGUUCCUGUGGUGCAUCAACGAGGGCAUGGGCGUGAGCCUAACCUGCCAGGGCGCCGUAGAUGCCGCUGACUUCUACUGCCUUUGCGCCUUUUUGGCGAUGAUGCUGUACUGGGCACUGCUCUCUGACCUGGCCAUCUUUUCCAUGAAGAUCUCGGCCUACGUGCUGAUUUGCAGCUGCGUUCUCAGCGACGUGCUCUUGUUCUUCGCCGCGCUGGCCGCGGGCAUCGUGGCCUUUGGCACCUCCAUCAGCGCUUUGUACCUCCAUUCGCACGUUGCUGGUGCACACUUGUGGAUGGAAUCGCUGGCGGCAAUGGCUUUAAGGAUGUAUCCUCGUGACAAAUUUCAAGAUCUGAUGCAAAGCUCCGUGGCGUCGGUGUUUGUGUGCCUCUUCGUCUUCGGCGUCACCAUCUUCAUGAGCAACUUGCUCGUGGCGCAGCUGACGCAGUCCUUCCACGACGCACACGCGAAUAUGCAGGGCUACGCACGGCUGAAGCGGGCGGGCAUCACGUGCCUGGCGCUGGACGCCGUGCCCAAGCGCAAGCGAGUGGAGUUUCUGCAGUCGCUGAGAUUGGAGGAGCCGUUAGAGUUCAACGAGGGGGACGUGGGCCUUCCGGGUGGCAUCCAGGUGCUGGAGCCUGCCGGCGAGAACGUGGUGACAGAGGAGAGCAUCAAGCGCUUCGGGGGCCCCACUGCGCCAAGCGCACCGUGGCCCCGGGAGAAAGAAGAGGAGGAGGUAGAGGACAAGCUGAUGCGUCUGGAGAAGAAGCUGGGCAACAUGGUGAAGGCCACUAACGGCAAGGAAGCCAAGAGUCAGGGUGGCAGCGGCGACAGCGCGGGCGGCAACUCGAACGGCGUGGGCGUGAGCUGCAUAGAAGAAGCGGAAUAGCAAGGUUCAUCUGAGUCACAAUCAAAACCCGGGGUA